AUGUUGGCCGUCGGUAAUGGCACUUUGGUCGGCGAGAAGAUUGGUGCAGUAUGCUUGCCUUUUGGACAUAUGGUAUAUGAUUUAAAGGAACUAAUGAAUAAGGUCCACAACUGGCUGAAAACCUAUGCCAUUUUCGCUCCAAAGGAUGUAGCAGUUGAUAAUUUGAACAUCAAUCUUCUGGUAGAAUUGUCAGGUGAGCGUCACAUAUACAAUUCAAUUGAAACUGAACUCAACAUCGAUGAAGCUGUGAAUUAUCUAGUUGAAUUUUUGAAUAGUCUAACAUCACACAGCUUCCCACCUCACAACUUGCACCUCAAGAUUGGGGCACCAGUUAUGCUGCUUCGAAACCUCGAUCCACCAAAGCUUUGUAAUUGCGCACGACUUAUUCCCUAG